CACAAUUCCGUCCUUCUUACAGUUCUCGUAGAGCAGUACACGAACUACGAUGUGGCUCCCAACGAUUUGUGGGUCAUGCGCGGAAGCACGGCUGUCCUGCGCUGCGUCAUAAACCCACAUUACGUCACAGAGUACGUCAAAGUUAUUGGCUGGGCACGGGGUGAUAUGGAACUAUAUUCAGGUAAAAAAAAAAAAAAUUAUAAUACAACCCUGUUAAAUAAAAUUGUUCUACCUUAGCUUUAGAAAUAUGGUUAGUAAGGAAAUAGUCUGGGGGGGGUGAUUGGGUGAAUUACUCCCACUUAUUAUUAGUAUUAGAACUCUCCUUUAUUAAAAGAUUAAUUUUUUCUACUUAAUCUUUACGAAAAUCUAAAUUAGCUCUUGUUAAUUUAUGACGUGUUAAAAAGAACAGACAGGAGUCAGGAGUGAAUAAUCGUAAGGCCUGGUGGUGAUGAUAUAUAAAUUUAAGUCUUUGAUUUUCAGAUGGAAGAGUCAGUAUUUUACAAGAUGGUACGCUACACAUCAGAAAUGUGCAAGAUGAAGAUACAAGUCUAUCGGCACUCUACACUUGCGUAACACGCAAUGUUUUGACAGGUGAAAACAGAACAAGUAAAGGAGCAUCUUUACGUCUGCAUGGUAAGCUAUUCAGUAUUCUAUUAUUACCCUAUUGCCUAUUGGUUAAAAAAAUUAUGACUUAAGCCUGGAGUAGCCGAUGCCUAUGCUAUGUAAUAUAAGAGUGGAUUUAAAAUUGAAAGUAGCCAUGUCAAUACUUUUCUGGUGACUUUUUUUAGUUUUCUCCUCUCAUUCAUACUCAUUUGUAAAUACUAAGUAGGCUACUUUAAACUCCUUGGUAUGGUACAUACAUGUCAAAGUCAAAACUAAACAACACCAAACCAAUUCAAUACUCCAAAUAAAAAUUAUUUAAAAAUUGAUUUCAAACUGAGGAACUCCUUAUUUCAACUUACUAGUUUGAUGCAUUGUUCAUUGUCAUUAAUUGAUAUCAAUUUCAAUUAUAUUCAAUUAUCUAAAAUAGCUAGGCCCUGCCUCUAUAUUUAUAGAAAAAUAUGGAAUGAUAUUGAUAUGGUCAAUAUGGUUAUGUUAUGAUAUAGUAAUUAUUUCUGUAAAAGUUAGGUAAUUUAAAAAAAUAUGUUAUUUGAAACAAAUGCUUAGAAUAACUUCUAGUAAUCAUUGCAAGUCUCAAAAACGUAAUUAAUUAAUGUGUUUCCAGAACCACCUGCUGGUGGUGAGCCACCUAAAAUUGACCCCCUCACCUCUGCCACUAUAAGCCAAGGAGACACCAUUGAGCUGCCAUGUGUAGCCAGCCAGGCCUAUCCACUACCAAGGUUCACAUGGAAGAAAGACAGUAUAUCACUGGCCAUUGAUGGCUGGAGAUUGGCACAGCGUGGAGGCAACCUCUUCAUCAGAAAUGCAACAGUUAACGACAGCGGAGAGUACACUUGCACUGGCAUCAACAGCCAUUCCCAGGACUCUGAAACAAUCCAGCUAACAGUUACUUGUAAGCUUAACAUGCAUUAUAUGACACUGUCUGAAAUAAAACGUGUAAAUCUGGAGAUAUAGAUUUGUAUGAUAUAAUUUAUGUGUCAUGGAAAUAGUAACCAAUAUAGAGAAUUUCUAAAUUUUUUCCUAUUGUGUAGUUAUAAAGUUACUUGUUAGCUUCAAAUUUAUUUUAUUUAGUUGUGGCUAAGUAUUCAUACUAAGCAGAGAUACACAUCAAUAAAUAGAUAAUUACAAAAGGCUCCAACAAAGGAAUUUUUUUAUAUGAUUUAGUCAAGAUUUAAAACUGAACUCAGGGUUUUAUAUUUUCAGCCCCUCUUUCAGUGCUAAUAGAUCCGCCUGAACAAAUAGUGGACGCAGGUCAUACUGCUAUCUUCAACUGUACCACAUAUGGUCACCCCAUCAAUUCUUUCUCCUGGUUUAAAAAUGGCAGACCGCUGGUUGUAAGCAAGCGUGUGUACAUUGAGGCCAACGCCACAUUGGUAGUAAAGGAAGUUGGAAGGGCUGACCAGGGAAUGUAUCAGUGUUUUGUUGGAAAUGACAGAGAUUCAGCUCAAGGAGCUGGUCAGUUAUCGUUAGGUGGUAAGUACCAGCUUCAAAUAUUUAAGUCAUAGGUGUUAAAAGAUCAUGUAGGUAGGUUGUUGUUUUUUUUUUCCAUUAAAUUCAUAUUAAUUAUAAUGUAAUACCCUUCAUUUUAUUUUUCCCCAAAGAAAAAAAUGCAAUUGUGUUAACUGUAUAAAACUCUCAAUCAAUAGCCUUUUUUGUGUGUCAGGCAUUGGAGAGUUAAGGCAAAGAUCCCAGGAGUACCAUUCAUGGAUUAUUUUUUGUUAAGUUAUUCUGAAGUGCACAGAAGCCAGCACUGCAUAACUGAAUCAUUGGAUUAUUGAAUAUUAAAAUCUUUUGUUCUGUUGCAUGAUCAAGUCAAUUUAGAAUUAGUCAUAGGAGUCAACACAAAUGCUUAUUGAUUUACCUUGAAAAUAUUGAUUAGGGGGAUUAUAAUUGAUAUGAUAAUGAAAUGCAAGCUUGAAUUGUUUUCAAGGGUGUAUUGCAUCUCAAGUCUUUUUUUUCCUUUCUAUUUUAAAAAAAAAAUAGCCGCACAACCUCUUGUGCUAGAUGGUUUCCAAGAGCAGUUUGUUCAGACGGGUCAAAAAGUCACCAUGCACUGUCGAUUCUCCGGCAACCCUAUUCCACUGGUAAAGAAAUUAUUCAUAUUGUUGUGGCUGUAAUUUCUAAGGCUUGUAUUCUAUAACUGGGCAUGAUGCUUUUCUUUAUAGUCCUAGAGAGGCCCAUUUAAUGGUAGGAUAUCUCCAAUUGGAUAAUUGAUUGUGAUUACACAUUUUUGGCUAGUUAGACCGAACCUCAAUUUCUAUUGCAGGUCAGCUGGUCACUGGAUGGAGCUGACCUCCCCUUGGACCCAGCCAUCGCUUGGAACAGUUUCAUCACCAUGGAGGGGGACAUCAUGAGCUAUGUCAACAUAAGUCGUGUGGAGGUGGCUUUAGGAGGAGAAUACACCUGCUACGGGGCCAGUAAAGUCGGACUGGCCAAACACACCAACAGGCUCAAUGUUUACGGUAGGUGGCUCAGAUGAAAUUCUCAGUGACUUAAUCUUUGUUUAACCUUAGGCCCAUUUCUCAGUCUCUCUUCUGAUCUAGUCAAUAAUUUUAUGAGAUUAUCAAUACACCUUAAAAUAGCAGUUCUCAACCUGUGGGUCACGACCCCUUUGCGGGUUGAACGACCCUUACAGAGGGGUCGCCUAAGACCAUCAGAAAACACAUAUUUAUGAAGUUGCAAUCAAAAUAAUUUAAUCUUUGAAGCUCACCACAACAUGAGAAACCGUAUUAUAGGGUCGCAGCAUUAGUAAGGUUGAGACCCACUGCCUUAGAAGGUAUUCAGGUGCACUGAAACUUGUUUAUUCACCCAACAGCGAAUGUAACUUUAUAUUUCUGUUUUUGCAUGCAGCACGAUUAUUAAUUCUGUGAUGUAUUUCUGUAUUGGCAUAUAUCAUACUUCAUUUAUUCUAUGAUGUAUUGUACCUUAUUCAAUUGGUGUGGCCAGGUAAGCAAUCUAUAAAGCUGAUGUAACAUAAUAUUUUUUUCAUAAUCUGUAUUGUCAGGGAAUCCAUUUAUCAAGCCAAUGCCUAAUGUGACAGCAACGGCUAGUAAGGAUUUAUCAUUGCGGUGCUAUGUGUCUGGCUAUCCCCUUGAUUCUAUUCAAUGGAACAAAGGUGAGAAAUAUUUUUAAAUCAAAUGGAUAUAUAAUUUAAAACAAAUAUAAACCACUGCUCUAAAAUAUGUGAGAAAUAAAAAUGUGCUUUGAAAUAUCAUUUCAGCCCACAGAAGCUUGAAAAAUUAUGGACUAUUUAAACUUUAUGCCUUCUUUAAUCAUUACUGAAAUCAUGAACCAGGAUUAAUUAAUCUUGUUAACUGCAUUUUUUUAAAAAUGACAUUUUAAUUUUUUUGAUGUUUUAAAUCUUGAGCAGUUUCUAUUAUGUUGAGAGUUGAAUGGAUCUUCCAAAGGAAAAAAUCUCAAAAUGUAUAUCUCACACAUUUAACGUUACUUUUUUAACACCAUGCUGCCAUGAUUUGACCAGGUUCAGCUCAGUUGCCCAUCAACCACAGACAAAGCGUCCUUGCCAAUGGAACUCUGCUGAUAAGACAUGUCCAAAGAGAGGACUCUGGCCAGUAUACCUGCGUGGCUCGGAACAGGGAACGACAGGGGAUGGAGCGCAGCAUGCAUAUUGCUGUAGUGGGUGCGUGCAGCUUGAGAUAUCUUCAUUAAUAACUUAUGCUCACAUUGUGGAGUUUACAGUUGCUUAAUUAAUAUUAAUAAUUUUGAAAAUCAGACACUUGAAAAUAUUUCUUGUUUCUUUUGACAAUUAAUGUUUGACAAAGUGUUUGCCUUUGUGUAUUUGAAAAAUUGAAGUCAUCAUGUUAUUUUAAGACUUGAUCAAUCUAUUAAAUUUGUAGCUUGUUUUUGUUUGUGGUUUAAAAGAUAAAAAUAAUUAACUUUUUUUUGUUUGUUUAAAAAUAAUUCAGAACCUCCCGUGAUUGACCCAUUCCACUUCCGGCAACGUAAGCAAGGGGACAGAAUCCUGGUAACUUGUGCCAUAAUCAGCGGUGAUCUCCCCAUCACCAUUCAGUGGGAGAAAGAUGGAAGAGUCAUUCCACAGGACCUAGGGAUAAGGAUACAGGUUGGUGAAAUAUAGGAUAUAUUCUAAGCCAGGUAUUCAUUCUCAUUGCAUAAAAUUAUGUUAGCUCCACAAAUUAGUGAUUGAAAAUUACAUUUUUUAAAAUAUUAUUUGUUACUUUUUUUUAAAAAGUCAAUUUUUUCCUUAGCAACUGGGGGAUUAUUCGAUCUUGUCAAUCAAUGGAGCUACACCCAAACAUGAUGGAAACUACACAUGUUAUGUCAGUAAUGCAGCAGCUUCUGUCAAUUACACAGCUUCAUUACACAUUGAUGGUAUGUUUGUAUUUUAAAAAAAAGCUUAAAUCAACAUUACCUUAUGAGGACUAUGAUAUCAUUUCAAAUAAUUUUUUUCUCAGGAAAGUUUUCUCUACCUGUAGAUUAAGCUGAAAUAUGAUCAUAGAAAUUGAAAUAAAAUAUACAGUAAUUCAAUGGUAUAUUUUAAUUAAUAGUUUUCCACUCAGAUAUAAUCUUAGUGAAAUUUCCUAAUAAUUCUUUAGAAUAUUUUAUUUUUGUGAUUGAACAAAAAAAAUCACACUUUGGAUUAAAUGUAUUGUAACUUUUUUUUUUUUUUUUUUGCCUUGUGAAGUCCCUCCACGCUGGGUGAUGGAGCCAGAAGAUUCCUUUGUCAUCCUGCACGAGUCUGUGCAGCUGGACUGCCAGGCAGACGGUACGCCGGACCCCCAGGUGGUGUGGAAGAAAGCCGAGGGCCUGACUCCCGGCAACUACCAGCGAUUGACCUUUGACUCCACCCAGGACCACCGUGUGCUGUACCACAAUGGAACUCUGGUCAUCAAUAACGCCAGAGAAGAAGACCACGGCUACUACCUGUGCCACGCCAGCAACGGAGUCGGGUUUGACAUCAGUAAAGUCAUUCACCUCAACGUUCACAGUAAGUGAAGUAGUCUGCCAGCGAUUGGCCCAUGAUAGGGGUCUAAACAAGGCUCUUGGAUCAUUGAAAGAUAUUGAAUUUGAAUGUUUAAAGAAUUUUGACUAAAAUCAAAUCUUCAGAAUUUGAGUUUUGACACACUGCAUGUUUCCGAUCUUUCACAAAUGAGGAAAAAUUUAUAUUUAAAUCAGCUUAUUAACAAGAUAAAAUAUAGGAACAAUUGUAAUUGUGCAAAGAGGAUAUUAUUAAAUUGAAAUUAUUUCAGUAGAUACAUAAGCCUUAGUGUUUCUUUGUAACUGAACUAAAAAAAUCUUUGGGGGGCAAAAAAGUUAUUUCAAGUCUUUGUAUCUUUCAGUCCCUGCACGCUUCAAUGAGCCACGCCACAACUACACUGUAAUGAAAGGUCAGAGUAUCACAAUGGAAUGCCAGGCAGUGGGAGACAAACCUCUCUCCAUUUCCUGGAGUUUCCAAGGCACACCUAUCAGCACAUCGGCGACCAAUGAAAGGUAACACAUUGAAACCCAAACAACUGACACCCUUAACUCUUCCUCGUAUGUGAACUCUUUUUGUUGUGUGCAGAUAAAUUGGGUUUUCAAAACCAGGUUGUAAUGGCCUAGUGGCAACGAACUGGCUUAGAUAUAAUGAGUCUUUACUUUGGCUUUUCAAAACCAGGUGGUAAUGGCCUAGUGACAAUGAGCUGACUUAGAUAUAAUAAGACUUUAUUUUGUUUCACUUGUCAUCUAUCUUUAUUACAUCCUUUAUAUUAACUUCGCUUUUGUUCGUCUGUUUUUUUUGUUUAAGGAAAAAUCUUCGUCUGUGUUUUGGGUGCGGAGAUUUGUUGAUGCCACAUGCUUUGUAUUUGUGGCUUAUUUGGGCAUGCAGUAUAAAUAAAAUUAUUUUUGAAGGGGAAAAUGAAGGAAAUACGAAAUGUGUUUUCACCAGAAGUUUACCCAUUAACUAACCGCUUCUUAAUGAAUGAUCAAUCAUGCACAAUGACAUACAUGCAAACGAAAAUGCCUUUAAAGGAUUUAUACCAAAAACCUUUGUUUUAAGGGGGUUGUUUGAUUUUUGUUAUUUUUCUGCAUCAAAGUCAAAACAAAACUUUCUAUUUCCAUCUUUAAAGAAAAAGUUGAGAGUUAUCUACAUUUGUUGAUAAAUAUCCAUUUGAUUAGUGAUGUUCAAUGUUGUUUAUAAUUAAGUAAAUAGUGGAACAGGUUUUGUUCAGGCUUGAGGGGGAAAAAAAAGGGACCAAUUAAAAGAACAUUUUGGCUAAACACCUCCUUCAGCAGACGAUGCAAAACAAGAAAAAAACAAUUAUUUGAAAUAGGAAAACUUAAGUGCUCCCCAGAUCACAAAGCAGCUCUCUCAGUCUCUGAAGUGGGACCUUUAUUUUCCCCCCAUGCCUGUCAACUAAAACCUUUGUAAUAUUUGACAUUUCAUUGCUCAUUUAAUUUCUUUUCCCAUUUAUUCUAAAAACAAAUACAAGCAUUUGGCAUCAGUUUUUGACAUUGAAACAAAUUGUUGACCAUUUCUCCUUCAACUGUAAAAUUUCAUGCUGCUGUGUGACCCGUUGUUUGUUUCGUCAGUUAUAGUGAGAUUAGCAAUUUAUUGAUAUACAUUUAGAAAGUAAAAUCAUAACUUAACACUUCUUACAUUGCAUGUCAGGUCCAAGGUAGAGUCCCAGUCCACGCCCCGAGGCAAGUUGUCACAGCUCAUACUGUCACCCACGACAAGGGAAGAUUCGGGAUUUUACACCUGUAAUGCCAAAAAUAACUUCGGAAAUGGUGUAUUGGUGAACUACCUGGUUGUGCAUGGUAAGUCUUUUGUGUUCAUUUGACAUUACAAAAUUUUUUUUCCUGGUCUCUGGUGGUAGAUUUGUAGUGCUUACUUGGGGGUUGUGGGGGGUGGGGGGGUGGGGGGGAUGUUUUAAUCUGCUCUUUGAGUUUUUUCCUUUAGAAAAAUUCACAAAACUGUUACAUUAUUUGUUGAUCUGUAUCACCAUUACCUGAAAGCUUGGUUUUAAUGCAAUGUGAAUAUUGCUGUACUGGCAGCUAUGUAGUACAAUUGUGUCCUCAUUCAAAAUGUUAAACAUUUUUAAAUUCUAUAUGCCUGACUGAAUAGCCAAUGAAGAUGAUAUAUAGCUUAGCUAUUUCCUGUUAACAACUUAAGCCCUGCUAUUCCAAUUAUUAUCUCCCAUAACUAGAACCCCCAGAGCCUCCGAGUAAAGUGACGGUCACCAACAUCACAAGCCGAAGUGUCAUGGUCACCUGGGAGACACCAUUUGACGGCAACAGUCCAAUCAUUGGGUACACUGUCCAGUACAAGAACAAUACAGGUAUCAGUGAGUUCUAUUUUAUGAUUAGGUCACUUUUCUCAUUUCUCGUGAUGUCCAGAAAGAAAGGUGCUGAAAAUUGGAUAUCACCAAUAAAGGAUUACAAUUCUUUGAUAUUUUAUCCUUUUAACUACAUCUAAAAAAACAAAAAAUUAAAUUAUUACCAGUGAGAAAGUUCAAAGAUGUGAUCUAGUAGUUUAAUCAUGCUUGCUACCCUACAUGAAUGGUUUUUCUUCAAAAUUUCUUGUACUCCCUGCUUCAUAUCACUUUUCAAGGAAGAUCUAAUAUGUUUAAAUUAACAUAAAUUAAAAUUAACCAAUAAAUCUGAUUUUGUAAAAUAAAAUUCCUUUUUAACUGAAAAUGUUUGACAUUUAAAUGCAAAGACAAACCCACACUCAGAUUUGUCGUAGAUCCUCACUGGGAAUGAGUAAAAUAAAUUGUCUUGUUGCUGUUGCAGACAUAUGGCAGGGCAUGCUACCCAACAUGACGGUGACCCAGUCCAGACAGCAGGCCAUCCUGGACAACCUGCUGCCGUCCUUCACAUACCACAUCCGAGUCCUUGCCAACAACUCUGUGGGUUACAGUGAGCCCAGUGAGAUUGUGGAGGCCACAUUGGAGGAAGAAGGUAACAUGGGAACCACACACUGCAGGCUUAGAACAGAAUGUUUUAAAGAACACUUUUUACUGUUUAUAUGUUGUUGAAAGUGGCCAGGGAUGUGUGUGUGUAUGUUUUUUUAAGCUGACUGUCCACUAGAACUCAGUUCAUAGGUGUCAACUCAGUGCUUAGGUGUCAACUCAGUUCAUGGGUGUCAACUCAGUUCAUGAGUGUCAACUCAGUUCAUGGGUGUCAACUCAGUUCAUGGGUGUCAACUCAGUUCAUGGGUGUCAACUCAGUUCAUAGGUGUCAACUCAGUUCAUGGGUGUCAACUCAGUUCAUAGGUGUCAACUCAGUUCAUAGGUGUCGACUCAGGGCUUAUGUCUCAACUCAUUGCUUAAGAACAGUAAAAUGUUACUUCCCAUUGUUGUAGCCUUUUAUAAUUUUUUGUAUGUUUAUCAUUUCAGCUCCGACUGGACCUCCAGACAGAGUGACAGUUCAAGCUGUUGGAUCUCAGGCUUUGAAAGUCAUGUGGGAGGUAAGGGAUGGUGGGGUGUAAGGGACAGUGCGGUGUAAGGGACAGUGGGGUGUAAAGGACAGUGGAGUGUAAGGGACAGUGGGGUGAAAGGAAUAGUGCUGUGUAAAACUAGGGACAGUGGAGCGUAAGGGAAAGUGGGGUGUAAGGAACAGUGGGGUGAAAGGAACAGUGGGGUGUAAAACUAGGGACAGUGGGUGGUAAAAUGGGGUAGAUGGGGGUGUUAGGUGUUGGGUCAGUGUUGGGUAAGGCAGUACAAAGAUUGAAUCAUUUUAUGCUGACUCAACUACCAGACACCAAUGUCAAUGUAUUUUUUAAUUCUUGUUUAUGCAGUCUUGUUUCUGGCAAUAAGAAAUAUUAUGUUUUGAUAUUUAAACCCUGUCUGUUUUGCACACGUACAUCACAGUUUAUGAUAACGCUGAGAUUAACAUUUAUUGUUUUAGAUUAACAUGUCCUAAAAAAUUACAAAAUCCUUUAAUUAAAAGUCUGAUAGAUCAUGUUUAUAAUUGCAAUGAAUAAGUCAGUCGAUACCUUGUAAGAGAAGAGCCUGCUUUAUUUUUAUUUUUUGUAAAACUUACUCUCUCCAGCCUCCCGUCAUUGGUUUUCAAAAUGGCAAGAUCUUGGGCUACUACAUUGGGUACAAGGAGACCCAGAGCCCCGCACAGUUCAUCUACCAGACCCAUGAGGUGCAGGACAGCACAGACCCCACCAAGGUACUCACUGAGCACACCAUCGGCAAGCUCAAGAAGUUCACACAGUACACGGUGCAUGUCAAGGCCUACAACAUCAAGGGCAUCAGCCCAGCCUCUGUCAAUCUGAAUGUCUUCACACUGGAGGAUGGUAGGUGGUGGCAUGUUUCAUGUGUUGUUUCACACUGGAGGGUGGUAGGGUGAUGACAUGUGUGAUGUGUUGUAGAACACUGGAGAACGGUAUCUUGUUUAAUCCUGUGAAACAAGAUGCUUAAAACAACCUUAGCCCCUAGAGAGCAACCCGUAUGAAAUGUUCAAACUCAAUCUGUUUGCAUGAAACUUAGGUAGGAGUUGCUCCCCAUCUAUGAUUGGGCUGUUGUUUAUCCUGGAUAUCUGUGUUAUCAAUAUUGUUUCCUCAGUCCCCAGCCAGCCCCCGGAGGGAGUUCAGGCGACGCCGCUGAGCUCAGAGAGCAUCAAAGUGGCCUGGUCCCCGCCACCUCUGUUCACCCUUCACGGAAUUCUGCAGGGCUACAAGAUACUGUACAAGCCUGUGAGACUUGACGAGGGUAGGUGCCUCAACUUGUCUGUCUGUUCCUCAACGACCAUGCUAGUGCAGUUAAUUCAUUUAACAAAUCAGCAAUUUGAAUCUCAGCUGUAGCAGGAAACUUCAACUUAUGGAAGCAAUGUUAGGUCUACAAUUGUAGUAUUAAACUAAUUUUUUAAAGAUGUAUUUCAAUAUUGUAAAACAUGCCAGUUUUUUUUUUAAAUGUCCAGAAAUGGGAAUGUUACUAAGAAAUGAUGAGUGUUCUCUGAAAUAAUUUUUUAUAAUUUUUCUUUCUUUUAAAAAAGAAACAAAUUUUAACCCUCUUAUUUGUUUGAAUAAUUAAUUAUAAGGAUGAUGAUACAAAUUUGUUUUCGUGGGCUGGUGAUCAUCAUCCAGAUCUAGUAGGCAGUAGUAAAGUGGCCUUACCCGCUGGUGAUAAGGAGAAUGUCAUCAAUCUGCCCCAAGGCUUGCACAGAAUAAAUGUAGUUUGAUGUCAUGUAUGGAACUUAAAAAAAAAUAAUUCAUCCUCAUUGGUAUUAAUCCUGUUCAAACAUUUAUGGUCUUCAGAUGAAAGUGAUGCCAAUUUCCAGACGUCCAGCCAGUUGGAGAUCGUCUUGUUCUCCCUGGAGAAGUUUACCAACUACAGCAUCCAGGUGCUGGCUUACACAAGGAAAGGAGAGGGAGUCCGUAGCACCCCUGUCUAUGUCAGGACACGAGAAGAUGGUAGGGUUUAUUUCUUUGAGCAAGCCUAAUACAGUUCUGACAGUUAAAAACAAUACACAUGGAAUCACUUUCUUAAGUUAUCUUGAAGUAGACUCAUUAUAUCAUUUGUCUGUGCAUUGUUAUUCUGAUGUAGACACCAUUGUGGCUUGUCUAUCUUGAUGUUAACCAACCAUAGCACUUGUCUAUGUCAUCUUAAAGUAGACACAUCAUUGCUCUUGUCUAUAUUAUUCUGAAGUAAACUCACCAUAGCAGUUUGAUGUAGUUUCAUCCUCCGUUCUCCUCCAGUACCCGAUUCUCCUGCCAGCAUCAAAGCCCUGGCUACAAACGACAGCGCCAUCAUGGUCUCCUGGACACAGCCUGCAAGCCCCAACGGCAUCAUCACCAAAUACACUCUGUACUUCAAUAACCAGAGCUCUCCUGAGGUAAAUGAUUGGCUCUUGACCUAUUAAAAUUGCUUACUUAAAAUAGAUGAAACAAAAUAUCAGAUAUUUUUUAAUAAAGGUUGCCCCUCUUUAGGAUAGACUGUUUGGAUGUGAUGGCCACAUUGUACUAUGCAUUUAGGAAGGCACUGUAUUACUGAAUAAAAAAUAUUAAAACAACUUUUAUAAAAAAUGCUUUCUAUCAAAGAAGAGUUUAAUUUGCGCUUAAAAGUAGAAAAUAAAUAAAUAACUUCUCAAAGUGCCUCACACCAAGUAAGUCGUGCAGAAGUUUAAGAGAGCAGUCUAUUAAGCCAAAGUACUGGAAUUAAAUGCAGUGGUAACACAAUUAUGCUGUCUAAUGAUUGCAUGAGUUAUUUCAAAGCAAAGCAUCAUGAAGUUGUCAGGGUUUUUUUUAAUGGCAUUUCAGGUAGAAGAUGUCAUCAUUGAGCUGCCACCAAAUGUGACCUACUACAUGAUGGGAGGUCUCCUGCGUGGGGUGGAUUACGCCUUCAGGGCAUCCGCUUCCACCGUCAUGGGGGAGGGGAAAAGUACCAAGUACAUCGGUGCCAGCACUUUGGUUGUUGGUGAGUCUCUGGGACUUGAAAGAGAUUUUGGAAAGGAUGGGCUAGUAAGCUAGUUGGCACUGGUCAGUGUGCCUUAGUUGUUUGGACAACACUGACUUAUCUUAUUUAUUUUUUCAUAAGAGGUGGUUGCAAAUGUAGGGGAAUGCAUGGUAUGUAUUAUUUUCAUUAAUGAAAUUUAUUUUACUAUUAUAUUAAGGGUAUGCACUACUUUCACCAAUAUUAAAAUUUAUUUCACUAUUAUUUUAGGGGUAAACAUCGUUUUCAUCAGUGAUAUUUAUUUUACUAUUAUAUUGGAUGGGGCAUUGCACUGUAUUUCAUUCUUGUUGAAUAAACUUGAUUGUUUCUCACUCUGCGCUCAGCUCCCGCUAGAAUCGCCAGCUUUUCUGACAUCCUGACAGUCUCCUGGCAUGAAGAUGUCAUUCUGCCUUGUCUCACGGUUGGCAAGCCUCGGCCAACCAUACAGUGGAGGCUAAGGUAAGGAAGUCAUGGCAUUCAGCUUGAAAUUUACCUUGGUUAAAUUUUUAACAAUAUUUUUAAAAAUAGGUAUGAGCAAGAUGUUUCAUCUCUCUGAUGUCCCAUCUGUAUCCAAUGUCCCAUCUUGAAAGUCCCACCUCUAUUUAUAUACUUGAUAAUAAUAAAUAUAAAAAUGACGACAUUUAGCACAGGUGUUCUUUAACCUAGAGGCCCUGCACAACUUGGUGGGCAAGCGUGUCUUAAACUGAAACAAAUUUCAGGGUCUAGUUUUGUAUUAAAUUCAGCCAUGACAAGUGCUAGAAAUUGAAAAAUAAAAAAUAAAAAACGAACCUGGCUUUAUCUGAGCAUGAUUCAAAAUUGAGUUUUCAAACUUGACAUUGCUGUAAUUUUUUGUGACAGGAACCAGCCCAUCACCAAUUCUGAAAGGAUCAGCGUGACAGAAGAUGGGUCCCUGCACAUCACAUCUGUGACAGGGACUGACGCAGCCAACUAUACGUGCUAUGCUGAGAACCCUCACGGCAGUAGCCAGAUAGCAUACACUUUACGUGUCCAAGGUAAAAAUAGUCUCAUUUGUUUUUAGUGCAGCCCCUAAUUCCUAGUGCAUUAUGGUUAAUUAUGUGUAUAAUUAUGACAUUAAGCUACUGGUGUAUGUCACUCUAUAUCGUCUACAUUUAAACUGGGUAUAUUCAGAAUAGUUUGAUAAUUCACUUCAUUUCUUUUCUUACAGUUGGUGAUCAUAAGGGAAGUAAGUAAAAUAUUUCUUUUACAUUUGGCAAAAACUAAUUUAAAUUAAUUAUUACAUGUGAUAUUUUAAAUGGAGACAUUAGCAGGACAUUUAUUUUAGUAGGAUGGGUAAAUAACAUCUAGGUCCUAUGUGUGGUUAAACAUGUGCUAGGACAAUUGUACAUAUGAGAUGUGGAUCAUGUGGUUAAGUCAGUUGGGAUGCAUGUGCCCUUUACCACCUGCACUCUAAAGUGUGACCCUUGACUUAGGCCCUUAUUUCCUGUCGCUAAACCUCAGACCUUUAACUUUUCAGUUGUAAAAUUUUUACUCAUGCAGCUUUUCAAUAAAGAUGUGUGGUAAGACAGGAUCUGAGUGCCCUUUAACCUGUGACCUUUUACCCAUGUAGGCAGAGUUUUACUUUAUCAUUAAGUCUAUGGAUGCAGGGAUUUGAAUCAAUCUUUCCCUUGCUUUCCCCAGCUCCUCCGCACCCCCCUCACCUCUAUCUGGUGCUCACCACAACAACGACCAUACAGGUCAACUGGUUGUCAGGAAGCAACGGGGGCAGCCCAAUCCAAGGUGAGAUGAAAGUUUUAUUUAACAUUUUUUUAAAUGUUUGUUUCAUCGCUCAGCACGAUGGCUUAUAAAAAUCUGAUGUUUUCACAUAAGCCCUACAUGCUCAUUACAAUGCCCCCCCUCCCUUAAACAAAUUUAAUAAACUUAUUAUAAAUGAAUUUGUUCACUGAUCAUUUUACUUAAAAACUGAGUUAAUUUUAACUUUCAUUUAAUCUAUUAAGAAAAAUGUGUUUUUUUAGUGAAUCCUUGAAUUUGAUACAACCUGCUACCAGUUACCUACAUUACUGAGAUGCUGUAAGUCCUAGCAUAGAUUGGAACGGAGUUUCAAGUGCUGAUGGUGUGUUUAAAUAAUCUCAUGCAUUAUAUCACAUUCAGGAUUUGUACUGAACUACAAAAAGGAACACAACGGUUGGAAGCCGCUGUCCUUAGGGCCACAGAACAGAACUUUCAUUGCCAACAAUCUGAUGUGUGGGACCCAGUACAAGUUCACAAUACGAGCAUUCAACAAACUUGGUGACAGUCUCGAUUCUGAGACAGUGACAGCAAGGACCAAUGGUUCAGGUAAGUUGGGAUCUGGAUCUGUCUCAAAGCAGAUCUUUGUCAUAUGGGGAUGUGUUACUUUAACUGAGUUUAACAUUUUUAGAAAGUCUGCCCAUUAUCUGUUUGUCCUAUGUCUGAACUCAAAUUGUGUUCUUCUUACAGCUCCAAUAAUUUCACCACAAAGCAUGUUGUUGGCUGCUGUGAAUGCGACCUCUGUGACCCUUGACCUGAAUUCCUGGCAGACAUCCGGCUGCCCAAUCAGAUUCUUCUCAGUCAAGUACCACGUGUGGGGUGACGAGACGUGGCACUUAGUGAACAACAACAUCGCGCCAAACACGGUUCGCAUAUUUUAACUUGUUUUGCCGGAGUAAACAUUUUGCUAAAACUGUGCUGUCAACCCCUCUAGUGCCAUGUUGGUGAAAAAUUAGAGAUAGUGUUAUUGGAUUUCUGAUGGAGAUCUCCCAUGUUUAGUGCUGGAGAAUUUCACGACAACUGACAAAAGACCAUUUUCACCUACCAAUAUUUUUAAGUGAUUUCCUCAAAUUAUUCAUGUUUUUAUAUUUUCAACCUUUUCACUGAAGUUUUAGCUUCACAAUAGCGUUAAUAGUUUUAAAUUGCCAAUGUCCAGCGAUUUAAUAAUCUCAUUCAUGUGACCCCACCCAGACCUUGUUUGUGGUCCAAGACCUGUUUCCUGCCACAUGGUACAUCAUGGAUGUUGUGGCGCACAGUGAUGCGGGGUCUACAACUAGUCAGCUCAAGUUUGCCACACUGACAUUUGCUGGGAGUGAGUUUUGAAAGAAAUAUUUGUUUUUGUCUUAAGUUCAAGAUUGAGACCAUAAUCAUUUUAAUAUCUUAUUGAACUGCUCAAGUUAAACUAACAUUUUGUCUUAAGUUCAAGAUUGAGACCAUAAUCAUUUUAAUAUCUUAUUGAACUGCUCAAGUUAAACUAACAUUUUGCAUGACUACAUGAAAGCAUGAAUCCAUUUGAAGUCUGGAAUAUUUAUUUAAAAAUAAGCAUUAGCUGAUGAUCUUCAUGUUUAUAUAUACAUUUAUCUCAUUAAUCUUUUUUAAACCUAGGUACAAUCAAGCCACUUAAGGUCCUUCACAAACAGGAAGUGGAGUUCUACGAAAAGGUCUACCUGAUGGUCCCAAUAUGUGCGGCAGUUGUGUUUCUCUUCUCUGUUGCAGUGGCCAUGUUUUUGUUCUGCCGUCGUCGAAAGGACAGGCUCAGAUAUAAAGGUGACCUAUCUUUGAUCUCAUGGGCUCAGUUUAAACAAUGGUAAACGUCAAUAAUUUGGAAAAUAAAAAUUGUCUGCGGGGACUAAACAUUUAGCAUUAAUGUAUAAUGAUGCUUGAUCUAAUGAUAUGAAUUGGUUUAAUUUAAUAACCUGUUUCAUUCCUGGCCUAUGCAUUUGUUUUUUGCCAAAAGUGUCUUUACCCUUUCAAAAAAUUAUACUUUUCAGAACAUGCCGCCAACUUGCGCAGGGAUAUCACAGCAGAGACCUCCCUCAUGAAUGACCUUGACAAAAGGCUGAACACCGAACUGGACAGCAGCAGUAGCAGCACGCUCCCCGAGCACAUCAGCAAGCAGCGUAAUGCCAACCUGCUGAUCUCCCUGCAGAGUGAUGAUAACCUACCUGGCAACAGCAGUGCCUGGCUCAUUGAUGGCAGCAACAAGACGACCAGCGACAACGGGAGCUUUGGGCGUUCUGGUGGGUUACCACAAUUGUUUUUUUAAACUGAUAUAAGCCUAAGGCUUCUGCUGCCACCUGUAAUAUAUCAAGUAACUAUUUUCAAGCAUUCAUUCUUAACUCUAAUAUUUGAAUCUUACUAUUCCUAUAUUUUUUAUUGGGGUGCUAAAAGUUAAAUUGAAUACGUUUCAGAAGAUGAAGGAAACAUCAACCCAUACGCCACGUACAAUGAAAUCAAACAAUCCCUGAACCCUGAAAUCAGAACUACCAUCGCCUUGAAGGGAGCCGCUGUGCCCAAAUCAUCAUCUGAGGAGGAUGACAUAGCCAUGCAGAAGGCAGCUGCCAGGCGAGAGGUCAGUUCCCCAUGGAGAGCUCUUGGCUGCUAUUGUGUGUCUUUAAGCUUUAACUUCACACAUUGUGACCGAUGUGUGCCAGUAAAAAUAAACUUUAACUAAAACAUAAUGAUUUGCUCUAGCAUAUCCAAUAGUUAACUCUCUCGUCAAUUUAUAUAUGUAUAUAUGGUAUAUGUUUGUUUACUUGGUAUCCACAGAUGGAAGAUUACCAGUCCAAACAGUCCACACAAUCCACCACAUCAACCCCAUCUGAGCCGUACGUUCCGUUUUUCCAUUCAAAGAGAGAGAAGCAGGCCAAGUAUGCCAAGAAACAGCCUCCACCUCCCCUCCCUGCACCUAGGCGAGCUCAGAAAGAUGCAGCCACUAAGGAGGGCUAUGAUAACCAGGGUGAGUUGGGUCAUCUGAAGGGCUAUGAUAACCAGGGUGAGUUUGGUCAUCUGGAGGGCUAUGAUAACCAGGGUGAGUUGGGUCAUCUGGAGGGCUAUGAUAACCAGGGUGAGUUGGGUCAUCUGGAGGGCUAUGAUAACCAGGGUGAGUUUGGUCAUCUGGAGGGCUAUGAUAACCAGGGUGAGUUUGGUCAUCUAAAGGGCUAUGAUAACCAGGGUGGGUUGGGUCAUCUAAAGGGCUAUGAUAACCAGGGUGAGUUGGGUCAUCUGAAGGGCUAUGAUAACCAGGGUGAGUUUGGUCAUCUAAAGGGCUCUGAUAACCAGGGUGAGUUGGGUCAUCUGGAGGGCUAUGAUAACCAGGGUGAGUUGGGUCAUCUAAAGGGCUAUGAUAACCAGGGUGAGUUUGGUCAUCUGGAGAGCUAUGAUAACCAGGGUGAGUUGGGUCAUCUGGAGGGCUAUGAUAACCAGGGUGAGUUUGGUCAUCUGGAGGGCUAUGAUAACCAGGGUGAGUUUGGUCAUCUGGAGGGCUAUGAUAACCAGGGUGAGUUGGGUCAUCUAAAGGGCUAUGAUAACCAGGGUGAGUUUGGUCAUCUAAAGGGCUUUGAUAACCAGGGUGAGUUUGGUCAUCUAAAGGGCUAUGAUAACCAGGGUGAGUUUGGUCAUCUGGAGGGCUAUGAUAACCAGGGUGAGUUGGGUCAUCUGGAGGGAUAUUAUAAUCAGGAUGAGCUCAGUCACUAAGGAGGGGUAUGAUAAGUAUGAUGACUUCGAGGGACAUGAUAACCUGAAAGCUUGAGAAUGGUGGCUUUAAGUGGUGCCCAUAAUUUUAACAAGGGGAGAGAAUGCAAUCACAUUAGAAAAAUGGACAUGAGCGAAACAUAGUAUGGGAAAACCUAAAAAAAAGAAUGCUACAAAACAACGAAAGUGUCGGCAAGAAGCCUUCAUCAGCUAACAAACAGUUAAUUUCUUAAAUUUUAGAAUCCCUGCAAUACAAAGAUAUAAUUAUAAUGCAGGAUUUAAAUGGCAAUAUCAAUAGUCUUAUGUCAUUGGUCACCCAACUGGGUUCUGCAUCCACAUCUGCAUAAACCCUAGUGUAUAUAAUCAGGCCUACUUCUAACCUACUCUUUUAUCAUUCAGUUAUUUUGAUAUGUAUAUCAUUCAACAUUUUUCUCCCAUCUGCCAGGUGUCAUCCUCAGCCCUCGACGUUAUGCCAGUGCCGAUCAGAUUCAUGCGCUGUUCUCCCAACCUUCACGGCCGCACAGCAGCAUGAAAUCUGGCUCGGAAUCCACAGAUAAAGGUACUAUUUUCAAAGCAGUUAUAUUUGUAGUUGACACAAUUGCCUGCAUCACUGAAUGGCUGGCCUGACCUACUAAGCCAAGAGGAAACAGUAACCUAAUUAUUCAACAGAUGCAUUCUGCAAAUAAGUGCAAUCCCUGUAUUCAUGCCAAAGCUCUGAUUGUUUCCUAAUGCUUUCUGUCUCUGUGCUAAGGCUUUAAAAUAUUUAAUCAACCUGUUCAAAAUAUUUUUGGAGUCAUUACUUCUGGUCUCAUUUAACUGCUCAUCAGAUUUUUAAAACAUAUAAAUAAAUAUAAAUGGAUUGAAAUGCGAAUCAAAUUUUUAAUGGCCAAUGAAUGCCAUUUGGAGCAGAAACAUGGGAAACAACUCCAAGCAUUACACAGAAAGUACAGGCAUUCAUAAACACAUGCUUUAGAAAGAUCCUGAACAUCAAAUGGCCAAAUACCAUCAACAACAAAGAUCUACUAGAAAGUACUUACCAGGGGCUCAUUAAUGAAGACAUCAUAAAGAAAAGAUGGAGGUGGAUAAGGCAUACUCUUUAGAAAACCCCAGAUAGCAUCACCAGAAAGUGUCUAACAUGGAAUCCACAGGGAAAAAGAAAGGGAGGAAGGCCUAAGAAUACAUGGAGACGUGAGCUAGAGGCAGACAAGCAAAAUAUGUGAUAUACCUGGAAGCAAUAGGAAAGGAAAGCACAGGACCGUGAUGAAUGGAAAAUUUUUGUGGCGGCCUAUGCCCCAGACGGGGUAGAAAGGCAUACGAAGAAGUAGAAGACAUGAUUGACCUUUUAUCUUGUUAGAUUCAACAUUGAUUUAACCUCUUCUUCAGCUUUCUACAGCAUAAAUGUGCUUGUUGAUUUCCAAUUACAAAUUCAUUCAGUUUAUUUUAAAAUUAAUUUGGCCACUAUUGGCUUAUUUGUCUUCCCACGUCAGGUUCACAGAGACACAGUCUGAUAUCCAGUGUGACCACGGUCUCCUCAAGUCGAGAUGAGCUGCUGGAGGCUCUGGAAAACGCCAAGAGAAAUCCUCCACCCCCAGUGUUGUACGAGAGUGAGAAUGAUCCUCACCCCGACGGAGGGACGGAAGGUGACCUUGACCCCGAUUCAAGCUCCCAACCCACAGACAGUUCCGUGAGUGUCUGAAAUUGAUGAAAUGUUAUCCAUGAGCUCAUCAGUGAUCUUGAUCAAUGCUAGUUUUUUUUUCUACAAUUUACUUUUGUGAUAAAUAAGUCUGUCUUCAUAAGCCCCUGUGAUAUGUUUAGUAUCAUAUGAUAAAAAGGCUAAUGGCUUGACAAGUGAAUGACAACAUUUGUUGGAAAAUCUUAACCGGUGUCAACUUUGGGUUCUCUGGAAAAAAUUUUCAUCAAAUAAAUCAAACGUAUCUACCAGAAGACAGAAUCUCUGCAUCCUCUUUAUUUGAUGCUUUUGUUAAAGAUAGCUAAAAACUAUUUUUAAGCAGAUAAUUCUACCAUAAAUUUAACCAUAUCUUGAUAGACCCGGUGGCAUUUGCCCAGUUGGCCAUUGAAUCAGGUUGUUGAACAUAAUCUUUUGGUGGCUAAAAAAAUCAAUGACAUUUUAAAAUAAAUUUACACAAAUAUUAAUAUUAUUAUUAUGCAGGUGACCACUGAGCCGGGCAUCAGAAUGUUUACUCAGUCACCCCCCAAACCAAAUGAACAAAGACAGGCAUCUUGUGAGGUGCCGCCCUAUGAGCAGCAACGUAAGUCUUCUGUCACAAAACUGCUUGAAUUUUAAAAAUGGUAUUAGUCAUGGCAUGUAAUUCAUUUGUAUGACUCCACUGCCCCCUACCAAGGCAUCUUCUUAAUAAAUCUAAUAGUUUUUUGUAGCUCAUUUUAAUCAAAUAAUAAAAUUGAAUUAGUCUUAAACUAAGUUUCAAGAGAAAUUAUUGUAAUUAUUAUUCAAUUAUUUUUUUUUAAUUAAACCGCAGGCCCGCCCACAUGGGACUAAUUAUGACAGAGUUAAUAUUUAUUUAUUCUUUUGUCAUGUGACAGAAAAACGGAGGAGACCACAACGGAUGCAGGUGGAGAGUGAUAGCAAUGAGGCACCAACCACUGCGCUCAGGCGACCACUGCCUCCAAGGAAGGUCAGACCUCGGCAUCGAGGCAAGCAGAGAGGUCAGGUGACCGGGAAGAGACCGCUUGGGACUUUCAUGCCAAGGUAAGGAUGGCUACAGAUGGUGGGCUACAGAUGGUACACUGAAAAUUGAAUCAGUUCUAGUAGGCUACAGAUGGUGGUCACUGAAAAUUGAAUCACUUCUUGUGGGCUACACAUGAUGGUCACUGAAAAUUGAAGUUUAUUUUUUCCCCAUAGCAUCAGAAAGUUUGUCUUCAUAUCCUUACUUAUAUUUACAUGGCCCUGUUGUCUAAUAGCCAGAUGUCUUUUAUUCAUCACCUGAUAAGGCAACAGUUUUCUCUCCCCUCACCUGUGCCAUACACAGGAUGGAUGCUGACCAGGGCUGAAAAAUUGGGGGGGGGGGGAUAAUUCAUUAUAUUAAACUAAAGAGGUAUUUCUAGUCUUUGGAUAUUUUUUUUUUGGUCUUCUCUAUAACUUAUUUUUUAUAUUAGCAUCUUGGUCUAUAAAAUUUUUUUUAAUACUCUUGUCAUCACAUUUCAAAGAUGUAUCUUUAUUGCUCUCUCUCUUCCACCCCCCCCCCCCCUUUUGCCAGAACCCAGAGUGGCACCAGUACUACAAGUACCAACAGUGAAGAGGUCACCUACACUUUUGGUGAGCGGGCUCAGACGCCAAGAUCCAACAGCCCAGAGAGUUUGCCCCCUUACUCUGCAGCUGUAGCAGCUGCAGUCACUGAAGGGUUUGUUGAGUUCCGCUCUGAAACUGGCCGACCUAGAAGAGGUGAGACUCCGACAGAGAGUGGGCAAUCUUUUUGGUCUCUGUACAUAUUUAAAUGACCUCUUUUUUUUUCAUAACAUUCCUAAAAUAUAUAUACCAUAUAUUUGAAUUUGUAUAUUUUUUAGUGUGGAAAAAACAUUUUAUAACAAAAACUAACCAAAUACAUUUAUUAUUUAAUUUUAAAGGAGGUCGAAGGACACCACAUGCCAGGGUCCGUUAUGAUACAAAUAUUCAGACCCCUGGCACUGAUGACCACCGUCCAUUGGUCACUUCAUUGGCUCACCCAGCGCUGGCCACAUCACCGGAGGAGGAAGAAUCUGUCAGUUUGCUGGACAGGUAA